GGUGCUGUCUGGCAGAUGCUGUGGUGCACUAACGUUACUUCCUGCUGCUCCUCCGUGUGUAUGUGUGCACGUGUGCAUGUGUGCGCGCGCGCGCGUGUGCUGGAGGUGAGUUCCUGCGGCGGCGGCUGCUGCUGCUCUUUCGUUUCCCUGCUCUGCUUCGGGAAAAAGGGACCGACGGAUUAUCCAGCUCGGUAACGUUAGCUCGCCAGCUAACGGUCGCGCUAGCGCCUGGGAAGAGCCAUGAAAAGCCGCGGGAGCCAGUGAAAGUUUGUCGCGGCUUCCUUUGGAACUUGACUGCGUGGAAAGACACUAAAGGGGAGUUUUCGGAUAAUGCCGUCGUUUCCAAGGGAAAGUUUCCUCUAAAUUUCCACUUGGGAAGGGCUAGCUAACGGGCUAGCGAGGCUACAAACUAGUUUUAAUUGGCAUUAGGCUCAAUGGCUCGCGCUAGUUUCCCCCUGUCAUAGCUACAUCUUGGAAAAUUCAGACGAGGCGAGGCCCUGUGAACUCCAUGUCAAACCAAAGCACUGCUUUCAAGCGUUACUUCGGAAGACUUACGCUGCCAAGGGACCGAAAAUGAAGAAGCAGUUCAAUCGGAUGAAACAGCUCGCCAAUCAAACCGUUGGCAGAGCAGAGAAAACAGAAGUCCUCAGUGAUGACCUCUUGCAGAUUGAACGGCGCAUGGAGCUGGUGCGUGUGGUGUCCCACAACACGCACAAGAGGAUGGUGCUGUGUCUACAGGGACACGUUGGUGCUGAUGCAGAGAAGAGACAUUCUGUACCACGCCUCUAUACAGGAAAUGGUCAGAAAAAGCUUCCUUUGACUGCACUAUCCCAGGCAAUGGUGGAAGGUGGAAACCAAUUAGGUGAAGACUCUUUGAUAGGGAAAAUGAUGGAAGUGUGCGGCGAUGCAGAAAAUCGUCUGGCUUCAGAAUUGAUGCAGCAUGAGCUGCAAAUAGAGAAAGACGUCUUGGAUCCGCUCAGCCAGCUGGCAGAGGUAGACAUCCCUAACAUCCUGAAGCAGAGGAAACAGCUGGCCAAAUUAGUACUGGACUAUGAUUCUGCCAGAGCAAGGUGGUUGCAGGCAACCAAGUCAAUAAUCUCAGGAACAAACACUCAAGCAUUAACAGCCAAGGCUGAUCUACUCAAGGAGGAAAUGGAUGAGGCAAUGAACAAAGUGGAGCUUUGCAAGGACCAACUAGCUGCAGAUAUGUACAGUUUUUUCUCAAAGGAAGGCGACUAUGCCCGCUACUUUGUAAUGCUCUUAGAAGCUCAAGCUGAUUUCCACAGAAAGUCUCUCACUGUUCUGGAGAGUGUUUUGCCAACCAUCCAGGCUCAGCAAGACUCUUGGACGGAGAAACCUGCAUUUGGCACUGGGUUGGAUGAACACCUGAAAAGAAGUGGAAGGGAGAUUGCGCUGCCCUUAGAGGCCUGCGUCAUGAUGCUUCUAGAAACUGGCAUGAAGGAAGAGGGUCUAUUCAGAAUCGCAGCAGGGGCGUCCAAGUUAAAGAAGCUUAAGGCAGCACUGGAUUGUUCCACAUCACAGCUGGAGGAGUUCUACUCUGACCCACACGCUGUCGCUGGGGCUCUGAAGUCCUACCUGCGGGAACUUCCUGAACCUCUAAUGACCCACCAGUUUUAUGAUGAAUGGAUCCAGGCAUCAAGUGUGUCAGAUCCAGACAAGAGGCUCCAGGCGCUGUGGGUCGUGUGUGAUCAGCUACCAAAGAACAACAAAACAAAUCUAAGGUAUCUGGUGAAGUUUUUAGCCAAACUGGCUCAGGACAGUGAGGUGAACAAAAUGACUCCUAGUAACAUUGCCAUUGUCCUGGGACCCAAUCUGCUCUGGGCCAAGACUGAGGGGAGUCUUGCUGAGAUGGCUGCUGCUACCUCUGUUCACGUAGUGGCCAUCGUGGAACCCAUUAUUCAACAUGCUGAUUGGUUCUUUCCUGAGGAUGUGGAGUUCAAUGUGUCUGGAAUGUUUUCGAUGCCCACACCCGCAUCCAACCAGAAUAAUCAUGUGGAUUAUGACUGUGGUACCAUUGAAAGGAAAAGGCCUGGCAGUAUGAUUGGACCAGAAAAUGAUUCAAUGCGCAAAGACAACUCCCCUAACAAGCACUCGGACCACACCCUACGUAGAGGCAGUAACACCUUAGGUAGAAAGCAGCACACUUCACCUGCCUUCCAACCUCCAUUACCCCCUGUGGAGGCUCCAGUGCAGGGGCAAUGGGCUGGGCAGGUCCCUCAGCACUCAGCUGAAGCCCAGCCUCAAGCUCCAACAGGGGGCUCAGGGUGUGAGGCUGCCCAGAAUAGCAUGGCACAGAGUCUAGCUGCUCUUGCAGCUGCUCAGCAACUUUUAGCUCUGCACACAGAAGAGCUCAGCAAUCCAAAGCUGCGUGACUCCACCCCUGCCCCAACUUCUCUGCUGCAAAGGAAUGGUUCUGGAGGAGGCCAGGCUGCUGGACAGCUAGGUACCGGGACCCCUGGGGCUGGAUCCAUGGGGCCUAGCCCACAUAUGCUGCGCAGAGGUACCAAGAAGCAGGCUCCUGCCCCUCCCAAACCAACAAACCCUCCUCCCAGCCAGCCCUCUAACUCUGUGAGCACCAACUCCUCCUCUUCAUCCCAGUCCUUCAGCCCCACGCCUAGACCCCUGUCCAACCACUCGCCCACAUCUCCCACCCUACAGCCCACACCCAGACGGCACUCCAAUAACCAGCCCCCGAUCCAGGCACCCAGCCAUCCACCCCCAGAGCCUCCAACCCAGACCAGCCCUCCAACACAGCAUGCGUCACCCAGCCAGCCUGCUGGGGACCAGCAUAGCAUGGAUGCGUCACCUCCAGGCACACCGAGUCCUCCAGAUAGCCCUCCACCCUCUGUUGCCAUGCAGGAUGCGGUUGCUCCACCGUCCCCAUCUCCCUACCAGUCAGGCUCACUUCCCCGGCAGAGGCCUGUCCCCAAGCCCCGAAACAGACCAAGCAUCCCACCACCUCCCCAACCAACCACACUGACCAAUGACACCAAUGGGAUCUGUGCCACUGCUUACAAGAUGAUGGACCCAGCGAUGUCUUUCAAAGGGCUGAGUCGAGCUUUGGUCCCUGAGCCCACUGUAGACCAGCCAGAAACAACCCCCUCUUCAUUCUCAUCCCCCAUGACUCCUAAAGACUGUGACCUGGACACUGAGAGCACUGUCCUAUAAAGAGCAGCCACGGACACGCUCUGUUCCAGUAACCCCACGCUCCUCCGCUCAUCACAUCUCCCUCAUUUUAAUCACAGCCCAUGUGCAGCCCUCUGUCAAUUCUAAACCUCUGCUCCUACAGUAACUCCUUGCUUGGGUAUAAUUCACCCUCUGGUAGCCACAAUGCAGGCCAUCAAGCCUUUGGUCCACCGCAUGAUGAGAAAUUAGCAGGGUUUGAUAUGAUGACAUGUUUUAACUAAGAAACCAAAGCUUCAGAUCAGCUACACUUCAUGUCAUCUGAUCUAAGUGGUGGCCAAUUUAAUAGAUGUCAUUAAAUUACUACAAAAAGACCAAACAAGUUGUGGUGGAUGGAUUUAAAAGCUUAAAAAUAAUAGUUUCCAAAUGCACAAAUGUGAAUAUUUGCUUCACCUUAAUGACUUAUAAUAUUAGCCUGCAUUCAGCGGCAUAGACCUCUUGACCUCCAUGAUUAGUGAAGUGUGUUUUCAAGUAGCUUUGUAACACACACACACACACACACACACACACGCACGCGCCCCCUCGUUGUCUGUGCGCAGAAGUUCCUGCAGAACAAGCUCCAGACAAUCAGCAACCAAGAGCAGAGGAGAACAAAAGGUUUAACAGUAACGCCCUCGGACAAAUGUUUUCAUUGAUGAUGAUGAAUAAGCGUGGAUGGAGUCUGACUGUACAUGGAAGACAGUGUUGAAGGGGUAGGGCAAUGUGUAAGCAUGGGCCAACAAGCCUCAUUGGAAACUCAGUGUGGGGUGUUCUGUAUCUUUUUUUACUGUUGUAAAAUGGCCUUAGGACAAGAUGUAAAAGAGAAAACAGCCUUUCUACUGCACAGAGAACAGAAAUGUCAGCAGCUGAAGUAGAAACCAAAACUGUUGUCUGAAGUGUGGGUGGUGACUGCAGGUUUCCAGUCGUCGCAAACACUUUGACUUUCCACUCUUUUGUAUGAAAUCCUCCAUUUGUGUAUUUAUUCACUGGUUUUACAAACGCAUUACUAGUGUCUUGACAUAAUUAAUGCAGUCUUUCAGUGUCCUUCAUGCCUUAUUGGUUCAUCCUAGAGCAGUGGAAGCAUUAUAUAUUUACUGUAAUUAGAAUAUACUUGGCUUUAGUUCUAGAGUAUUUACCAGAAGCUGUGCUGACUGCAGUCAUGUUUCAGGGAUGUAAGGAAGGCGUCUUGACGCUGUGCAGUAGAAGUUGCUUAUGGUUCUGUAGUGUUCCACAAAAUUAUGUAUUUAAAGUGGUUUCACUUUCUUUGUGGGCUGAGAGCAGGAGUGGUCUGGUUGUGCACCCAUUGUUUGUAUUUUCCAUCUCUUUGUGUUUCCCUUGGGUGUUUUCUGGGGCAUUAUGCACAACAGGCUAUGUGUAAGUGAAUGUAGCAAAAGGAGAUCCUAUCCAUCCUGUUCGGUCCUCACCUGGAUGAUGCCUCAACAGCUUGUAUUGGAGUGCAGGUCAAUGACCAGUUUUCCAUUGUGGAGGAUUUUUUUUAUUGUUCCCAUUGAGCUGAGAGCACACAGUGCUGCAAGUCCUCAGUAGUGAUGUGGGAAUUGAGUGUCUCUGCUUAAAAGAUUCUCUUUUUUCCUGUAAGCUUUACUUUUUGGUCUUGAAUAUAUCAGUUUCCUGAGAACCACCCUAGUACAGUAUGGUACCAACAGAGAAAAUCUUUGUGGGUACAUUUGCCCUUAAAAUGAGCUUGGUUUGGUUUUUCAGAGACUGUCAAGCAUUAUAAUCCCCUUCUCUUUGCUUCUAUACCUCGCUGCCUUAUCCCUGUGAAUCAUGAGAGCUUGGCAUCAAAAGCUCUUUGAAAUGAACAAAUGCCAUUAAACUAGAAAUUGUGAUGCUGCAUUUAAGCUCCAUAAUUUUGUAUGUAUGUUCUUGUGAGCUUAAGUAUGCAAUAAAAAUGUUUAAUAUGAAUGCCUGGUUACAGUAUAUCCCUAUUCCAAAGAAAAUAAAACACUAUUUAUGUAAUCUAUUUAUUGAAUGACUUAUUGAUAGAAACUUAAUUUGAGACUCUGUACUUCUGGCCCAGUUUAAAGAUGCUUUGCUAGGCCUUUGUAAUAUAGCAUGUAAAAUCAUUGAAAGAAUAUUACUCCAUUGUGUCUGAAAACUUCACAUGGGUCACAUUAAAUGAAUAUAUACAAGUAA